CAACGCUCCUCUUUCUCAAAAAAAUAAAAUAAAACUCUUCUUCAUUUCUCAAAUUAGAUACCCUGUCAGAAAUGUCAAGUGCUGUUUUAAAUCGUUUAAGUUUUGCACUAUUUCACUCCAUUGCAAGAAAAAACAGUUUGCAUUUACGGCCGUCUACUUGUCAACGUUUUUCAACCAGCUCUAUUUUCUUUCGAGAUCCGAAUUCAGUUACGGAGCCUACACCUUAUAGCAUACGACGUACAUGGUCCAGAGCAGAUACAGAAAAGCUGCUGAUACUAGUGACGAAAUAUGGUAACAAGUGGAAAGUGUUUGCAAAUUACUUCCCAGGCAGAACUUCGUUCUGUAUUCGAGCGCAUUAUUUCUCAGUGACGCAUGAUACCACUCGCUGGACCCUGGAAGAAAAGAAGAUUUUACAACAACGCCUCGGUUCAGAGCAAGAUCCAGAAAAUAUUGACUGGGAAGCGAUCCAAAGCAGCUUACCUAAAAGGAGAACAAUUGCUCGUAUCAAACAGUUUUGGCAAAAUUCAAUUCACCCAACCUUAAAUCGUGGUAGUUGGAUACCGGCAGAAACUGAACGUUUAAAGAAAUUGGUAUCUAAGCAUGGGAAAGACUGGGAGACAAUCGCAAAGGAGAUUGGGACUAGAAGUGAGGAUCAGUGUCGAAAUAAAUGGGCCUAUGAAGUGUCCACCUUGAAAAAAGGUGAGUUUUCAAAAGAAGAGGAUGAUGCUUUACUGCAAGCAGUGAAGAAAUACGGUAUUGACGAAUUUCAAAAGAUUCAAACCGAGAUGAAGAGUCAACGCAGUAUUUCGCAGUUAAGAACGCGCUAUCAUAAUUUUUUGGAUCCGGAUGUGGAUCGUAGUCCCUGGACUGAAGAAGAAAAAAAAGUAGCAGGUGAAAUGUUUGCUGAGUUAAAGAAUUUGAGGGCUGUUAAAAUAAAAAUGAAUAGUAAACGGAGUAUAAGAGACAUGUAUAAUCAGCUAAGAAAUAGAUAAAAUCAAGACUUUCAGUUUUUUUUUUUUGGACGAAUCAAAAAUGAAAAUUGGAAGCUAAAAUAUCUGAACUUUAAGACAACCCAAAAACUAAUUGCAUAGAUAAAAGACGCCCUCAACCUUAAUUCAACGUUCACUUAUGAAUAAAACGAUAAUUUUAGAUAAAAAGUCCUCUUAAGUUAACCGAUACUCAGUUUUCUCAGUAAUUGCUCUCUUAUAUUAGUAUGCG